AUGGCAGAUGUUGAGAGGGGAAACCAAAGCGACGUUACAGAAUUCAUCCUCCACGGGUUCAGGAUCCUCUACCCAUUCCAAAUAGGUCCCUUUGUGCUGGUUCUGCUAACGUACUUCACCACCGUGGCUGGGAACACCCUGAUCAUUGUCACCAUUCUGACUGACCAAGGCCUUCACACCCCCAUGUAUUUCUUCCUAGGGAACUUGUCCUUCUUGGAUAUCUGGUACACGUCCAACAUCGUCCCCAAAAUGCUGCAAGGUUUCCUGGCUGAGAAGGGUGUGGUGAUCUCCUUCAGUGGCUGUGUCACGCAGCUUUAUAUCUUUGGCUCCCAGGCAGCCACCGAGAUCCUCCUGCUAACAGUGAUGGCCUACAAUCGCUACUUGGCGAUAUGCAACCCGCUGCGUUACACGGCCCUCAUGAGUGCGAGGGUGUGCGUCGAGCUGGCUUCCUGCUCUUGGCUGGGUGGCUUCCUCUUCAACCCGGUGAUAAUGGCCUGGAUUUACAGGCUACGUUUCUGUGGCCCUAAUGAAAUUGACCAUUUCUUCUGUGACUUCAUGCCCCUGGUCAAGCUGUCGUUCAGUGACACCCACCUGAUCACCUUAGCAGCAUUCUUACUCUCCUCUACAGCCACCCUGAUCCCCUUCCUGCUAACCCUGACAUCCUACGCAUUCAUCAUCAUGGCAGUAGUAAAAAACCCUUCCAGCACUGGGAGGCGGAAGGCCUUCUCCACCUGCACCUCCCACCUUAUUGUGGUCAGCACUUUCUAUGGGGCUCUGGCCAUGGUCUACAUGGUGCCAACGGCCAGUGCAGCCAUCAACCUAAACAAAAUAUUCUCCCUUCUCUACAGCCUGGUCACCCCAUUGCUCAACCCCCUGGUCUACUCCCUGAGAAACAAGGAUGUGAAUGAUGCCCUGAGGACAAUGGCCACUAGACUGUUGGAUUUUCAAAGGAGGUAG